AAGGAAAUAGGGAAGGGAGUGAGGCAGCUGCGAUCGAGAGAGCACACAAGGAGGGCAGAAACAUUAGCGGAGACAGUAAACGGGAUCGGGCCGCCAUCAUUUGUGUCUCCGUGUGCGCGCCACACCGCAUCUCUAUGGAGGCAGAGGCGCGUGCGUGAGGAGGAGAGGGGGGUUGGGAAGUAGAGGGGGGCGCGCGGGAUGCUUCUUUAUUUCUUCUAGGACGUCUCGGACGGGGAGAGCAGAACCGGAACCAGGACCUUGCCAAGCGGGGAGGAUUUCUGCUCGUCGUCCGAGGUGAUGUCAGCAAGCUCGCCAAGAGUCCGUCCAGGAAGUUCAUGCUGAUUGGUGGCAGACUGGCGCUGAAGCCUGGAGGACUAAACCGAGCUGCUUUGUGUGCUCUUUAGCAACACAAGCAGAUGCUAAAGGAUAAGUGAGUCGGGCGUGUCCCUCUGUCCUUCAUGGGCCCGUCCUUCCGGUGCACGUGAUCCGGGCCCCGAGACUUCAAAAGCCAACAAAGCCUCUUUGCUCAACUUCCUGAGGACGGUGCGGCGAGGGCUGCGCUGCGAUUGGCCGAGUGCGGGCGAGAGUGCCAUGCGGAUUGGAGGAUGUCGGGCGACUGGGAUGAAGACCUGUGCAAGAAGGCGCUGAUGUUGGUGGAGGAGCUCUGCCUCAACUCUCCGCGCGGGUACAGCCAGAGCGAACUGUGCCAGGAGUUCAACGACCUGCUGAGAGGACGCAACCGACAGCUGGACGCAGAGAUCAACGUCAGUCUGCUGUCCGUCAUCGUCACCUUCUGCGGCAUCGUCCUCCUCUCUGUGUCCCUCUUCGUCUCCUGGAAGCUCUGCUGGUUGCCAUGGCGAGACAAGGAGGGCGGCGGCCUGAGCCUGACCUCGGGCUUGCUCCCCGGGAGCGCUGGCGUGGGGGGUCUGGGCGGCACCGGAGGCUCGUCCUUCUUGCCCCCGCUGCUGCAGAGGAAGGAGGGCCACUCGUCCUCCUCUCUUUACCCGUCCCUCGGCCAGCAGGGGCAGCAUCACCCCCACUUCUCUGACCUGGUGGGGCUGGAGAGGGGCGAGGUUGGGGGCGUGGUCGGGGGCCCGAAUGAGACGCAGGAGCACUCGUACCUGGACAUGGACUCGUACCCCAACAAUGCUGGAACCCUGAAGUUGAGCCAAACGUCUCCAGACGUCCCCAACUCGGAAGGGGGUGCGCACCCCCAAAAAGACCUGCCCAACGCCGUCUCUCAGCAGCAGGUCACCUCCAGGCCCAAGCCCAUGACUCAUCAGCUCUCCAGCCCCGACUUCCACGGCGAGGAGAAGGAGCAGGUGACCAGCAUCGGGCAGAUCAAACCGGAGCUGUACCGGCCCAAAGGCGACCAGGGCGACGGCAAGCAGGGCGACAACUGCGGCAAGAUCAGCUUCCUGCUGCGCUACGCCUUCAACACGGAGCAGCUGGUGGUGAAGAUUCUCAAAGCGUUGGAUCUUCCCGCCAAGGACGCCAACGGCUUCUCCGACCCUUACGUGAAGAUCUACCUGCUGCCCGACAGGAAGAAGAAAUUCCAGACCAAGGUCCACAGAAAGACGCUAAACCCGGUGUUCAACGAGACCUUCCAGUUCGGCGUACCGCUGAACGAGCUACAUUCCAGGAAGCUGCACUUCUCCGUGUACGACUUCGACCGCUUCUCCAGGCACGACCUGAUCGGUCAGGUGGUCGUGGACAACCUGCUGGACUUUAGCGAGGGCAGCGGGGACAAGCCGGUCUGGAGGGACAUCGUGGAGGGCACGGUGGAGAAAGCCGACCUCGGGGAGCUCAACUUCUCUCUCUGCUACCUGCCAACCGCCGGAAGACUCACAGCCACUGUCAUCAAGGCCACCAACCUGAAAGCCAUGGACCUGACUGGGUUCUCAGACCCCUAUGUGAAGGCCUCGCUGAUCUGCGACGGGCGCCGGCUGAAGAAGAGGAAGACGUCCAUCAAGAAGAACACCCUGAAUCCCACCUACAAUGAGGCGCUGGUCUUUGACAUUCCCAACGAGAACAUAGAGAGCGUGUCCAUCAUCAUUGCCGUCAUGGACUACGACUGCAUCGGUCAUAACGAGGUGAUAGGCAUGUGCCGCGUGGGCAGCGAUGCUGACGGUCCAGGGAGGGACCACUGGACCGCUAUGUUGGCUAAUCCACGCAAGCCAAUAGAGCACUGGCAUCAGCUGGUCGAGGAAAAAGCAAUCGGUACGUUUGUGUCAAAGAGCGAAGCGUCCCCUUCCGCCAAGCCGCAUAUCGUGGUGGACAGUCCUCACUCCGAUUAAAGCUGUCGAGUCUCCACCUGUGGACUUUUCCUUUUUCUCCUCUCAUCUGUGAAUAAAUCUUUCCAUCAAAGAGAGACUCACAGACAAAACAACACCCUCGUCACGUCACAUUUCAAGCCGUAGCUGCUACAAACACACUCACUUUGCUGUACGUGCGUAGUUGACGUGUAGUAUUUGGUAGGAGGAGUGUGAUGUGAGACACUGUCCAACCGUGAGGACGGAACAAAAGAAAGCCAUCGUCCAAGUGGGGACCGACGCUUCACGCUCUCGUCAGAGAAGAAGAUGUGCAUAUUUUUCUUUGGUGUACAGCCAGAGCCGUGCUGUAUCCCCCGCGUAGUACUUAGCGGGACCACUUGUCCAGGUGGACUGUGGACGUCGUCCCCCCAGGCUUAUUAAUCCGCCGGAGUGAAGGACGCGUGCGGCGGUCUUUAUUGAUGUCAAGUGCGGACAGACUGACUUCAGCCCGAGCAUGUUACUUUGAAACGUGUCCGUCUUCCUCACGCUUCCUGUGCCCGUCCCUAUGUUUGUGCCAUUUUGUAUCAUCCGGGAUGAGAGACUCUUCCGAGGAUCCCCAAAGAACAUGUUUGGUUUCCCCUAUCAUGCUUUAGGACAAUGUCUCCACGACGCCACUGAAGCAGGACGCACACGUCUGUGUUGCUUUGAUCCGUGAGUUGUGUGUUUUUGUAUUUGUGUGUGUAUGUGUGUGUGUGUAUGUGUGUGUCUUGGUGACUUUGUGUGUUUCUGUGCUCAUCACUCCCUCUCCCACUUUUCUCGCCUGAACCUUCCACCCAUCUCGGAGAACUGAUGUGCAUUACCGCUGAUAUCGGCGAUAUCGAUUCGAUGUUGUUACUUUGUGCAAAUGCCGUAUUUUUCCGACAUAGAGCGCCCCCACUCCAAUAUAAUCCACUUUAUUUAUAUAGCUCAUUUAAAAAAAAAAAAAAGCUUCACCAAGUGCUGCAACGAAGUUGAGACAUACAGUACAGGCCAAAAGUUUGGACACACCUUUUCAUUUCAAUGCGUUUUCUUUAUUUUCAUGACUAUUUACACUGUAAAUUGUCACUGAAGGCAUCAAAGCUAUGACACCUGUGAAGUGAAAACCCUUUCAGAUAAAUUCCUUUUCAAUCAAUCAAUGUUUAUUUAUAUAGCCCUAAAUCAUAAAUGUCUCAAAGGACUGUACAGACCACUACGACUACGACAUCCUCGGAAGAACCCACAUAAGGGCAAGGAAAACUCACACCCAGUGGGACACCAGUGACAAUGAUGACUAUGAGAACCUUGGAGAGGACCUCAAAUGUGGGCAACCCCCCCCUCUAGGGGACUGAAAGCAAUGGAUGUCGAGCUGGUCUAACAUGAUACUGUGAAAGUUCAAUCCAUAGUGGCUCCAACACAGCCGCGAGAGUUCAGUUCAAAGUGGAUCCAAGACAGUAGCGAGAGUCCCGUCCACAGGAAACCAUCCCAAGCGGAGUCGGCUCAGCAUCGUAGAGAUGUCCCCAACCGAUACACAGGCGAGCGGUCCAUCCUGGGUGCCGACGAGCGGUCCAUCCUGGGUCCCGACUCUGGACAGCCAGUACUUCAUCCAUGGUCAUCGGACCGGACCCCCUCCACAAGGGAGGGGGGGACAGAGGAGAAAAAGAAAAGAAGCGGCAGAUCAACUGGUCUAAAAAGGAGGUCUAUUUAAAGACUGGAUUAUACAAAUGAGUUUUAAGGUGAGACUUAAAUACUUCUACUGAGGUAGCAUCUCGAACUGUUACCGGGAGGGCAUUCCAGAGUACUGGAGCCCGAACGGAAAACGCUCUAUAGCCCGCAGACUUUUUUGGGGCUUUAGGAAUCACUAAUAAGCCGGAGUCUUUUGAACGCAGAUUUCUUGCCGGGACAUAUGGUACAAUACAAUCGGCAAGAUAGGAUGGAGCUAGACCGUGUAGUAUUUUAUACGUAAGUAGUAAAACCUUAAAGUCACAUCUUAAGUGCACAGGAAGCCAGUGCAGGUGAGCCAGUACAGGCGUAAUGUGAUCAAACGUUCUUGUUCUUGUCAAAAGUCUAGCAGCCACAUUUUGUACCAACUUUAAUCGUUUAAUGCUAGACAUGGGCGGACCCGAAAAUAAUACCUUACAGUAAUCGAGACGAGACGUAACAAACGCAUGGAUAAGGAUCUCAGCGUCCUUAGUGGACAAAAUGGAGCGAAUUUUAGCGAUAUUACGGAGAUGAAAGAAGGCCGUUUUAGUAACGCUUUUAAUGUGUGGCUCAAAGGAGAGAGUUGGGUCGAAGAUAAUACCCAGAUUCUUUACCGAGUCACCUUGUUUAAGUAUUUGGUUGUCAAAUGUUACAGUUGUAUUAUUAAAUAGAGGUCGGUGUCUAGCAGGACCGAUAAUCAGCAUUUCCGUUUCUUUGGCGUUGAGUUGCAAAAAAUUAGCAGACAUCCAUUGUUUAAUUUCAUUAAGACACGCCUCCAGCUGACUACAAUCUGGCGUGUUGGUCAGCUUUAGGGGCAUGUAGAGUUGGGUGUCAUCAGCAUAACAGUGAAAGCUAACACCGUAUUGGCGUAUGAUGUCACCUAGCGGCAGCAUGUAGAUGCUGAAGAGUGCAGGGCCAAGGACCGAACCCUGGGGAACUCCACACGUUACCUUAACAUAGUCCAAGGUCACACUGUUAGGGGAGACGCACUGCACCCUGUCAGUAAGAUAAGAGUUAAACCAAGACAAGGCUAAGUCUGACAUACCAAUAUGUGUUUUGAUACGCUCUAAUAAAAUAUUAUGAACGACGGUAUCGAAAGCAGCACUAAGAUCGAGGAGCAGCAACAUAGAUGACGCAUCAGAAUCCAUCGUUAGCAAUAGAUCAUUAGUCAUUUUUGCGAGGGCUUUUGAAGCUCAUCGAGAGAAUGCCAAGAGUGUGCAAAAUACAGCAAAGAAUGGCUAUUUUGAAGAAACUAGAAUAUAAAACAUGUUUUUAGUUAUUUCACCUUUUUUUGUAGAGUAAAUACAUGUGUUCAUUCAUAGUUUUGAUUGCUUCAGUGACAAUCUAUAAUGUAAAUAGUCAUGAAAAUAAAGAAAACGCAUUGAAUAAAGUGUGUCCAAACUUUUGGCCUGUACUUUACACACUAGAAGAGUCAAUAAUAUAAAACAUUUAAUUAUAAGAAAAAUAAAUACAUAAAAGAAAAGAAAAUAAACUCUCAUGCUGGUUUAAAAGCCAAAGACUAAAAAUAUGUGUUAAGCUGUUAUUUAUAACUAAUUAAAGAGGGAGCCGUCCGAAUAGCAAGAGGGAUCUACUGUAUAUAAGCCGCAGAUAUGAAAUGAGUGAUUUACACAGGAAGAUUUUCUAAAUGUCUAUUUACACACCUUAAUUGUUUCCAAAUGGCGUCUGUAACACAGCAGUAAAACGGGUGUUCAAACAAAAUAGAAGUCAUCGUCAUGGACCCACUAGCUGCGGAAUCUACAGUAGCUCUCCAAUCAGCUAAACAGACUCAAUAACUCCACGGCGACAUCUUGGUGAAUUUGCUGAGGAAUUUGUGAAAUUGAAACACUACAAAAAUAAUGCCGUUUUGAGUUAAUAAUACUAACACAGACACUCGUAAACCUCUUAGUAUAUUAGCUCAUGCAAACGAGGCCAGCUUGAUAACAUUACGAUAGCACUGUCAGGUUCAAACACUGAUGACAUCUAUUAAUCAGACAAGAAGCAAGGAAUCAUGCAGAGACAGAGUUCAAUUUAGCUCAUGAGGAGACGCAUAUUUCGAGCUGUAUUCUAGUUGCAGACCCAAACUAUGUUCUAAAAGUCAAGCCUGCGCGCCUCCUCUAUUUAUUUGGAAAACCCUGUUACAUCACUUAAGCUGUCGCUGAGUGAAGAGGGUAAUCUCAACAACUCCAGUUAGACACAAUAUAUGAUUAUAGAAUAAAUAAAAAGUAGGUGACGCA